GAGCGGUGCGCCCGCAUGGAGAGCUGAGGCGGUGACCCCGCCGGGCCGGCCGGGAGACGUGACGAUGUGGAUGCGACGGCUCUCGGGAAGCAGGUCAGGUUGCCCGCUCGGAAGCCAUGCUUGGAUUUUAAUAGCCAUGUUCCACCUAGCCAUGGACGUCGCCAGCUGCCAGCCCCCAGCCAGCGGUGCCGGCGGGCGGCUCUCCCCGCGCCCGGCGCUCCGGCACAGACUGUCCCGUGGCUCCCUAUGGGACACAGGGAACACAGAGGAGCUGCGGCACCCGGGACCCCCCUGGACCUGCGCCCCCCCCCACCCCCCCGCAGAGACCCCGCUCCCGCCGGCCCCCCCCCUGCCACCCCACUGCCCCGGGUACCCCCCGCGCCGGCCACGCUCCCGGAGGGGCCGGCGGCAUCUGCGCGGCCGCGGCUUCAACCCACGGGAUGGGAGACCCACGGCACUGCCCGAGGUCAUCGUGUGGGGCCCCACGGGCGAGGAGGACUCCCUGGAGAGCAGCACCCUGCCCGGCUCCUUCACCACCACCACCACAACCACCACCGCUGCCACCACCACUGCCACCACCACCACCACCGCUGCUGCCACCGCUGCCACACCGCCCCACGUGCCCCCCAGCACCCCGGCUCCUGCACCCGGUGGGGACGUGCCCCGCAGCAGCCCCGGCCGCACCAGCACCGCCGAGCCGGCCGCCGGCCACAGCAGCGGUGGGAAGGAUGCUCGUCCACCCCGAGGGCUGGGAGACAGCACAGGUCUGGCGGUUCAUCAGAUAAUCACUAUAACCGUGUCCCUCAUCAUGGUCAUAGCUGCUCUGAUAACAACUCUUGUCUUAAAAAACUGCUGCGCGCAGAGCGGGCGCCCGCGCCGCAACAGCCACCAGCGCAAGCUGGAGCAGCAGGAGGAGAGCUGCCAGAACCUGACGGACUUCGCUCCCGCGCGCGUGCCCAGCGCCCUCGACAUCUUCACGGCCUACAACGAGACCCUGCAGUGCUCCCACGAGUGCGUCCGCACCCCCGUGUCUGUCUAUGCGGAGGACGCGCUGCGCUCGCCCGGGGACUAUAAGACAACCUUCAAUGGAAACAGACCCUCUUCUUCUGACCGGCAUCUUAUUCCUGUGGCCUUUGUGUCUGAGAAAUGGUUUGAGAUCUCCUGCUGACUGGCCGAAACCUGUUUGACUUCUGGGGCAGGGCAGACGCCGUCGGGCUGUUUCCUGGAUUCCAUUGGUGAACCUGUAAAAAAUAUACAAAAAUAAUGGGUUACCUGUACCUACCAUUUCUGUUUACCAGUAGGAGACUCACAGAGCAGCGUUCUAUGGGCCAAAUCUAUUUUUAUACAAAUGAACACGCCUGUAGGGAACUGCGAUGGACAAAGAGCGCGUUUGGUGGGGAAGAGGAAGGGGAAUGUGUGAGCAAAGGAUGCCAUGAGGACAAGGAGCCGGCGGGGGACUGAGGAAAGGGCCGAGCGCCUGGAGCCUGGACGUGGAUGUGACUCUGAACCUGUGCCAAUAAUACCAUUAUGUGCCAUGUACCGAUGCAAAGACUUGGCGAGAAGCCGAAGCCGAGUCGCUAACGCCUGGAGAACAUUGUGGAGGACGAGUGGGGCGUCUCUUCUGGUGGGGUCAUCCAUUCCGGUCCAUCCGCGUACAUACAUGCGAUACGUGUAGAGAGAAAAUAUAUAUAUAUAUACACACACAACCACUUUUUGUACUGUAGCAAUUUUUGAAGAUCUUAAAUACUCAUUUUUAAAGAAGAUGUCAUGGGCUAAAAGUCUCAUUUCUUUAACACGCAUAAUACAAA